ACACAUACAUCAUCAACUCCAAAGUGUAAGAGAGAGAUAACGGCAAUGGCAACGAAGCUAGUUUCUACUUUGGCCAUCUUUUUCAUCCUCGUUCUCGUCAUCUCUGAAACGCGUGGGACAGAAGCCCAUGGUGACGCGUGCCUGAAAGAAUACGAUGGCGAAGAUGGUUUCGCCUUGUGCGCGCCUCUGAUAUAUCCGCCGUUUUGUUAUACAAGAUGCAGAUCAGACAAGGGUGCUAAAAGUGGUAGAUGUGUCCGAGGAGCCACAGAUCUCAUGCCUAUAUGCUUAUGCGACUACUGUGGCGGAGAACUUCCCGGACCGUUUAUAAGACGAGUUUGAAUCUUCCAAGUGUCAUAUGGUUUGCUUUGAAUCAAGGAUGAUAAUAAUAAUCCAAUAAAUAAAUAAUGUAACGAUGAAUUAUAAGUAAAAGUACAAUAAAGAAACCUAGGCCUUGCCUAGGUUGUUAUUAUUCUGA